UGCGUGUGUCUGUGUGUGUGCAUGUGUGUGUGGAUGUGUGGAAGCAAAGGAGGAGGAGAAGGCGGCGAAGGAGAAGGGGGCGCCCGUCCGCUGCCCCAGCGAGCAGGGGGGUGAAAAACGCAGAGAGAAAGAGCUCAGCUAUCAUGAGCCAGCGAAGCAAGCGCUAAGCGGGGUCCGGAGCCGGAGGAUCAGAAGCACUUUUAUCUUCCAGGCGCGGAUGGAACGUUGAAGAGGCCACAUCAAAAGCUCCUGGCGGGGGGCAAAACACCCGAUCGAACGUCGGGACAAACAUUCGAUCGAACGUCGGGGCGGCCGAACGAACGGCCCGAGGGGCGCCGGCAGACCGAACGUUCGGGGAAGCGCCUUUUCCCCGUCCUCCCUAAUUUAUUUUCCCACUCUCGCUUUUUUUCUUUUCCUUUCCUUUUUUUAAAAAAGCCUCCCUCCCUCGUUUUGCUACAUUGUAGCCAUUUCCGUUGGCUUGGACAUUGUUAAAGCUGCCUCCACCGUCUCCGUCGCCGCCGGGAGAACAAUAGGAAGGCAGGAGGGGCGACCGGGGCGCCCACCCCGGCUGCGCCCCGGGAAUCUUCAGCCAUACUUGUGGAUGUAACCCUCCCCCACCACAAAGCUGAGCAGACAGACACCAUUUGAAUCGGUGGGAAUAUGAACCAGCAACAAAGAAUGGCUGCGGCAGGAACGGAUAAAGAACUAAGUGACCUCCUGGAUUUCAGUAUGAUGUUUCCCUUGCCAGUGACUAAUGGAAAAAACAGACCCACAACUCUUGGUAGCACGCAGUUUGGUGGAUCAGGUUUGGAUGAGCGACCAACCUCAGGUUCUUGGGCAACAGGAGAUCAGAACAACUCCACGUUUGACCAAGUCAGGCAGGGUUAUGGCGAAGGUUCACACUACAGUGAACACAGGGACCUGCCAUCCCAUAACAGCAUAUCUUCGUCAUCAUUCCUGGGGUCUGGAAUAGUAGGAAAAGGUACAGAAAGAGGCACCUACCCAUUUGGAAGAGAUGCCGGCAUGCCAGCUAUCAAUCAGCCUGGCUUUCUGCCUAGUGAAAUGGGGAUUUCGAGUCCCAGCACGCUUUCCCCAACGGGGGUGAAGGGAAGCUCGCAAUACUACCCAUAUACCAACAACCCUCGCAGGAGAGUUGCAGACAGCAACAUAGAUGGACAGCCGAAAAAAGUUCGAAAGGUGCCUCCCGGUCUCCCCUCUUCAGUGUAUCCACCCAACUCAGGUGACGAAUACAGCAGGGAAUCAGCCAGCUACGCACCCUCCAAGCCUCCCAGCACUGUCUACCCUGGAGCCUUCUACAUGCCAGAUGGGCUUCACAACUCAGCAGAUCUGUGGAGUUCCUCCAGCAGCAUGAGCCAGUCCAAUUAUGGGGCCAUCCUGGGUGCUUCUUCCUCCCCGCUUCCCCAGUCCAGCAACUUCAGCAGUCUUCACCAGCAUGAGCGCAUGAAUUAUCAGAUGCAUUCGGGCGAAGUCAAUGGUGGGCUCCCAGCUGUCCCUGGAUUUUCUUCAGCCUCCACUCAGUAUGGAGUGUCCAGCCACACACCCCCAAUUGGUGGGACAGAAAAUGUUAUGGGUAAUCGAGGAACCACCGCUGGCAGUUCAGGGGAUGCACUUGGAAAAGCAUUAGCUUCAAUCUACUCUCCAGAUCAUUCUAGCAAUAAUUUCUCUUCGAACCCAUCCACUCCGGUGGGCUCCCCUCAGGGAAUAACAGGUUCUUCGCAGUGGCCCCGGACAGGUGGACAGGGUGCCUUAUCCCCAAGCUACGAGGGCACCCUCCAUACCUUGCAAAACAAAAUGGAAGACCACUUGGACGAAGCCAUCCAUGUGCUGAGGAGCCACGCAGUGGGCCAGAGCAACCACAGGGACAUUCACGACUUGUUGGCAUCCGCUUCUGCGCACAGCACUUCUGUGGGCAGCCUUAGCCAGUCUUUCUCCCCGGCUUCUGUCUUGCCAAUUGCUAGUCGGCAUGCAAACUUGGUGGGGGGAGGUCACCCUGAAGACAGCCUGCCUAGCAAUCCUGGUCUCCUCCACAACCAUGUGGCCCUCCCUGCCCAGACCAGCUCGCUUCCUGACCUCAGCAGAGGCCAGUCUUCAGAUGCCUUUAGCGGCUUGACCGGGGGCCUGGGAAGGGCCAGCGUCUCGUCCGGCACCAGCGAGAUCAAGCGGGAGGACAAGGAGGAUGAUGAAAACACGUCCGUGGCUGAUAAUUCAGAAGAGGAGAAAAAGGAACUGAAGCCAUCUCGAAACAGAACAAGGUGCUCACUGAACAGCAGUACGGAUGAGGCGCUAUCACUGGAGGACAAAGAUCUGAGGGACCGGGAGAGGCGGAUGGCCAAUAAUGCCAGGGAGAGGGUGCGCGUACGGGACAUUAACGAGGCCUUUAAAGAGCUGGGACGCAUGUGCCAGAUGCACUUAAAAACAGACAAAGCACAGACCAAACUCAUCAUCCUUCAGCAAGCAGUGCAAGUCAUUCUAGGCUUGGAGCAGCAAGUACGAGAACGCAAUCUGAACCCUAAAGCAGCUUGCUUGAAACGUCGUGAAGAGGAGAAAGUGUCCGGAGUGGUGGGCGAUCCCCAGAUGGCACUUUCAGCAUCUCAUGCAGGUUUAGGAGAUGGGCACAACCCCGUGGGACAUAUGUAAAGAUGAUUUCUUUCCUUGACCUGGAAGCAGAUGUCUGUAGGAAGAAAGGACUGUAUCAUUCACACACCCCUGCUGGGUGUCCACGCCAGAAACUGCAGUCUUGUUGAAAUACUGACAUGGCAAUGGAAAUUCAGUGUGCUCGAAGGAACUUUUCUUUUCCUCCACCAGAAAGGAAAAGCAACAACUUUAUCCAAAAAACAGACAGACAAACCCAACAGCAAAGAUUGCCUUAACUGUAUAUUCUGGAGCUGUCAAUGCAUAUCCUUCGGUGGGAGGUGGGGGGGAGAGUUAUAAGUGGCUUGUGUUCACAAAAGGCCAGCAGAAGAAAUUGUGCCUAUGCGUUUCUUUUUCUUUCUUUUUUCCUUCUUUUUUUAAAAGAACAUUAGUUACAGUAAUUUUUUUUAAAUGUAGAACAAACAUAGUAAUGCCUUUUUUUGUUUUUUUUAAAAGCUUCUUUUGCAUCUCUGUUUUGUAAGCAACAACAAAAAAAAAUGUAAAAAGAGAGAGAGAGAGAGAGAGAGAGAGACUUGACUGAUUCCCCCAUGCCUUUUUCUGCUGCUGUUUCUAUAGUUAAUGUUGCAUAUUAUUUUUUAAAUAAGAUCAACCAGAAAUAUUAAAAGUUUGUAUUAAGAGACUGGAUGUUUUUUAAGAAAAAGAAAAGAAACAAAAGAAGAGAUUGGUACAAGUGAGAUGGCAUGUGGGCUCUGAGAAAGUCACGUGCAUCUAGCUAGGCGGGUUAAUAAAAUCUUCACUUGGCUAUGAUUAAAAUGGAGAGAGAGAGAGAAUCUGCUGAUAUCACCUCACUUCCUUUUUGCCACUUGGAGUAUAGAAGGGGUUGGAGGGAGAUGGCAAAUGGAUCCAUCAGCUGCUAGUCUGUGUGUCGUUGAGGCUUUUGUCUUUCCUCCAAAGGAUGCACCCGAUAGCAAUUCUCGGAAGCUUUCUGCUGCGUCCUGCCCGCUCCCAUCUUCCCUGCCACCCAAAGUAUUUACAGUCCCUUCUAACAAAAGACAAAGAACUACACAUAGCAUUUCUGAACAUUUGCCGGAAAACGUGGAUUUGAGUCGGAGGGCAGCAUCCGGGAGCUCGCAGAAGGAAUCCUCCGCAGGCCCAAAGGAGAUGGAUAACCACUUGCCUUUUUUAAGCACCGGCAUAAAUUGAUGUGGAACAAAAGGAAGCAAAAGAUUCUGGCAGGUUACAGUCAGAACAAAGACCUCAUGGGAUUAAAGGAACAAGGAAGCCUCAUCCAGCAAAGAAAUAUAUAUACAUAGAUACAGUAUAUAGCCGGAGGGGGAGAGGGAGACACGUGGCGUGCAGAGCCCAAGUCGCUGUUGUGAAAACACACCCAGACACACAGUCGUGCACACACCAAAGAAGAUGCAUCAAUGAACUCUCAGACACAGCAUGGCAAUGCUCCACAUGUAUUCAGAAGACACUGCCAUCGCCGUUGCAUUUCGGCAGCCCAGAAUAUGCUGGUGGGGCUGAUCAAACUCUCCCUGCUCCCUGCGUGCCCGCGUGGAAGAUCUCCCCCGUUUUUCAUGGACAGAAAAGGAGAAUGUUGACGUCUCCCUGAUUCCAGAGAAGUCCCUGUAGGUCUUCCCCACACCUGGGGAGGGGCAGAGGAAGAAAGGCGUCCUGUGGCCCACCUGCAGGGGGUCCACAUCACACCUGACGUGUAGCUAAAACACUGCCUUGGGUUACUUGGUAUUUGGAGCUAGCUGAAGGGAGUGCGGUCUGAAAAUGUGGGCCAUGACAUUCUCACCGCAUGUCACCUUUUAUGAUUGGAGAAGAGGAGGUAGCAUCUGCUGGAUAGUUCAGGGUGACCCUGUGGCCGCUUCUCUUUCCUCUAAUGCCACGGAGGGGGGGUUGCCAUAAAGGGGUCUGUGGGGGUGGCCCUCCCUGCUGAAUCUGUGAAAUGUCUGCCUCAACCCCUCUGUGAAAAAAGAGAAAAGGCCACACGUAACCUCCUCUUACGAAGGACAUGCUGUAGACCUGGCCAGGCAAAGCUGGCAGUUGUCUCCUCUGUCUUUCAUCUCCUUUGAGCUAAUUGCAGAGUUCCUGUUUUCUGACCGCAGGAGUGGGCAUGUAUUCAGUGCGGCACUUCUGCACAAAACUGGAAAGAGGAGGAAAGUUCUCAAGGAAGUAGGAGAGGGAAAGCUCUGUGCCAGCCUGGCAAAAGUCAUCCAGAGAAACCCCACCCUCCCCUGCUCCCUCUUUCUGCUCCAGGGGCAAAUUUGGAAACCAGGAUGGGUCCAAACGGCUUUGCGCAGACGGAGCGUGCAGAAUGGCAUGUGCAAUCCCACAGGGGAAAGCCCCGUGUGGCUGCCACUAGGCUUGUGGUUCUGCAAAGCAGACAGGGUGGCAAUGUCCUUCUAGUGCCAGAUCUCCCCAAAUCUCUUUCUAGUCCACCAGCAUGAAACAAGCUUUUCCUUUAAUUAUGUUUUGUUUUGUUUUGUUUUGAUUGCUUAAAAGUAUUUCUGUUGAAAGGGGAGCACCUUUCCAAGGGUAUGUCUACAGUACAAGCUUUAAGCCAGUUUCAGACCAGUUUAACAGUCUGGAGCAGUGUUUCUCAACCUUGGCAACUUUAAGGUGGGUGGACUUCAACUCCCAGAAUUCUAGGAGUUGAAGUCCACACAACUUAACUGGCUGGGGAAUUCUGGGAGUUGAAGGCCACCCACCUUAAAGUUGCCAAGGUUGAGAAACACUGGUCUGGAGGAAUCCUGCAGCUUGAUAAGGAUGCUGAGAGUUCUUGGCUCAUGAAUGUCCUCAUUCCCAACGCGACCCUCUUCUUAGGACUACAUUCUGCAGAUGCCAUUUAUUUGGGAGCUGCUGUAGCUAGAAACGGGUUUGAAACCAGUUUAGGUUUGUAAUAUAGAUGUGUCCCAAAGUCUCUUGGGAUAUUUAUUUUUCUGGGGGAGGGGGGAAUUUGGGGUUUUAGGAGACAAAAAGGGACAAGCAGAAAAAUUUAGUUGUGGGGCAAAACAAUGUCAUGGGAAAAUGUAACAUGUUUUGUUAACAAAAAUAGGGGUUCAAGCAAUGCAGAGAACAAAAUGUAACUUGAUUCCCAUUAAGAUAUAUUUUUUUAGAAGGGGUGGGGAUGGCUGUGUAUUUUUCAGCCCUUGUAGAUUGUUUUAAGGGUUCUUUUGUUAUUACAGCUUGUUUUUUAUAUUAAAAAAUGAAUUUUUUUUUUUUGCUUUUGGGGGGUAGCCCCAAGCCAGAUACAGUUAAACAUGGCAAUGUCUUAUGGAAAUAAAUGGACUAACUUGAGUCCUGCAGAGGAACUUAAGUUUUAUCUAACUGUAUUUGGGUGGGAGCCUUGGUGUUUGCUGCCUAUGUGUAAAAAUCCAGCUGUACGUAACUGGCUGAGAUCCUUGUUAUUAAAUCAGAUACACAUUAUAGUUUUUAAAGAUAUAUAUAUAUAUAGUAUAAAUAAAUAAAUAUAUAUAUAUAUAUGCCUAACACCAAUAAAGAAGGGAAAAAGGAAAAGAAGUAUUGGGGGGAGGGAAAGGGGCAAGAUAGUUUAAAAAAUAAUUUUUUUGGACUGAUUCAGAAUUUCUGGGAUGGGGAGCACGGGGGUUAAAGUUGUGUUUCUGAGUGCCUCAAGAUAUGGAUUGUGUUCAUUUUUUAAAUAUAUAUAUAUAUAUAUAAUAAUUUUAUACAAGUGUCAAGAAAAAAAACAGCUGGCUGGAUUAUUUGGAAUUUUUAAAUAAUCCUUAACUUUUUUAAAAGUAGAAUUUUGAGAACUGUCCUGUAUAUAACAGUAAUGUAGCAAUAAAUGUGACAUUUUAUAACAAUAUUACCUUUCCCCCCCCUCCCCAUAUCUGUCUUUCAGAUGUUGUAUACCUAUCAAUGAAAAAAAAAGUUGUAAUAAAGGUUUUACCUUGUACUAAAA